CUUACAAAAAGAACAGUUGAUGCUUGCUUGGUUAUUAUGCUGCCUCUGCACGCAGCAGCAGUGUUUCGUGCUCCGCCAAAAACGCACCGUUUUAAAGUCGUCUCCUUGUCCUAUGCACUCCUGUGAAACCCUAGGGCAAAGCAGGAAAGUGUUUGCAGGAAAGGAUGAGUUCAAAAGUUGACGAACCUCGGAAUUCUAAGACGUCAUCCACAGUGUCAACUAUUGGUCCUAAGAUUUCUAUGUUCGCUGCAAAGUCUGGAUUUGUUAUUCCGAAAAACAAAUUGUCUGGUUCACUUGUUCCAGUAUUGCGAGGAGUGAAAAAGUCUGGAGGCAGUGAUGCUGCCAAUGACGAAAGCACCAAUCAGGUGCAGAGAAAAACAAAAUGGGGACCUGAUUUGACACACGAUGCUGCUGUGAGAAGGGGAAGAGCAUUAGCUUACCAGACUCGGGUGGAUCAAAUUGCAAAACAGCUGAAAUCUGGAACUCUGGAUGCUGCGGCAGAUCAACACUCACUCUCAGAUGUGCAGGACGAGAAUGAUACUUCUUUGUAUUCUCAACUAGACAAUGAGAAGUUGAAUCUUUUGGAGCUUGAAAGACGGGAAAUUAUUGGUAUGAUUU